CCCUCCCUGAUGUAUCAUCGUCCUGGUAACAACAUUAGCGUUUAUAGCUAAUUCGCGGGAAAUGAAACGGCAUAUACAUUGUUAAUCUAUGUCGUAUGUAAUGUAAUAUAGUCAGCAGAAUGUGUUUGUUGCUUGGUUCGACUGGUGUUGGGAAAACUCUUUUGCUGAAACGUUUGCAGAAGCUCACUCAACGGGACAAACCGGCUGAUUUGGGUGAAGCUCCUGUCACGCUCCCCACAGUUGGUACCAAUCUCACCGACCUGAAUCUAAAAAAGAAGAGGAUAACUGUGCGAGAGCUGGGAGGCUGCAUGGGCCCAAUAUGGCAUAGCUUUUACGCAGACUGCUCCUGUCUUAUUUUCGUGGUGGAUUCAGCCAACAUCACCCAGAUAGCCUCCUCCUGCAUCCAGCUCUUGUCGGUUCUCUCAGCUGAACCUCUUCAUGGUGCCUCCGUCCUUGUGCUCUUCAACAAAAGGGAUCUUCCAUGCACUAUGACCCUGAUGGAGAUGAAAUCACUUUUCAGAAUAGAUGACAUCAUUGCCACCUCCCCUCAAUCCAUCACUACGCUGGAGGUGAGUGCACGCUCUGGCCAAGGACUGAAGGAGGUGUUGAGCUGGUUGGACAGCCUGACGUGAUCUGAACACGGGCUGAAAACACCAGGAACUGUUCUAGAGCUCUGCUCCAAUCUGGAAGCCCAAGGACCGCAUGAUAAAGCCCAAUGUUUUGGACUGGAUUGGGAUUUACUCCAUGUGGUGGAGAUGCACGAUAAUGUUGCCUUUUGAGACAAUUAUGAAUGGCUGGUUUCGAGGGACCAUUUCACCUGGCUUUUCUCUUCUGUUAUAUUACUGGGUGUCACAGACACAACUAAUACUGGGCUGCUUUAAUAGUUAAGUCAGCAUACUUGUUGGAUCUUGCUUCAAAGAACAGGUAAAUCCAUGAUGAAACAGUGCCUGUUGUGCUAUAAACAACCUACAGAAGUAUGAGAUACAGAAAAGUAAAACAGAACUUAAGAUGCUUGUGAUUCAAACAACGUUGUUGUGUCUGGACAGCUGAUUGAAGGAAAAGAAAUCACUGAAGAAUAAAGAACUGGAAGCGCUGCGA